AUGAAGGCGAAGAAGUUGGUGCAGCGAAGCGAGUUUCACCUCGUGCGGGUGCAGGAGCGUCAGCGUGACGGGGAGGCGCUGGUCUCGGCUCUUUCGCCGGAGGAGCGGCGGCGGCGGCAGGCGCAGGAGUCGUACUUUGUGCCUAAGCUGGCCGCGCUGUGUGCGGAGGUGAUUGCGGCGAACUUCUCCGCGCUGCCCGAGGCGGACGGGCUGUGCGAGGAGCACCCGAAGUUGUACGAUGACGUCGUGGCGCGACUGCCGACGGAUUUGCCCCUGACGGUGAGCGUCCCACGCGUGCGCGCGGAUGACUACUGGCGCCGCUGCUGUGAGGCGCGGUGGUCGUUCGGGCAGCUGAGCGAGCGGAGCUGCGGCAAGCUCGUGCCGCCGAAGCGCGAGGGGUGGAAGCAGUUUUACCUCGAGCGCGUCCUCGGCGACUUCCUCACCGCACUGCGCUCGCCGGAGAUGACCGCGGCGGAGCUGGAGGACCUCGAGAGCCUCUGCCUGGUCUGCAGGGGCUACGUCUACGCGCUCGACCUCGCCUGCCAGGUGACGCGGUUUCCCCUCUACGAGCGUCUGCUGUCGCGCCUGCCGCACCUGGAGGACAUCCGGCUCACCAUCGGCGUCAACAGCGUGGGGACCGGCUUUGAGUGGGGCAUGAUGGGCUUUGACGAGGCGGACGCGCUCAACGUGCGCCGCGCCCUCAUGAAGUACGCGCCACUGCGGUACCUGCGCCUCCCCAACAACCGCCUGAACAGCUCGCUGCUGAAGGCAAUUCUCGGCGGGCUCGUGCACAACACCUCCAUCGCCGUGCUUGACUUCUCCUCCAACCGCAUCGACGACGAAGGGGCGCGGCAGCUGGCCCUCCUGCUUUGCAAGGCUGACCUCCCGCUGGAGGAGCUUUAUUUGCACGACAAUCAAAUCCGGAGCGACGGCGCCGUUGCGCUCGGUGAGGCGCUGACGAUGAACAAGACGCUGCGCGUUCUCAAUUUGCGCCUCAACCGCAUUCCAGAUGAGGCCGGCGGGGUGGCCGUAGUCAACGGCCUCGCAGCGCACCCCGCGCUCGAGGUGCUGGACCUCGCGCACAACGUGCUAGGCGACGCAACUGCCCGCGCCCUCGCGGAGGCGUUGCCGUCGCAGAAGUCGCUGCGAUCCUUGAACAUAGCGGGCAACAAGGCACUUGGGCUAGACACCAGCGAAUUACUCCUGGAGGGUGUGCGGGGGAACGCCACGCUCUGCUUCUUCGAUGCCCGGGAAAGCGGCGUGGAGAAGGCGUGCAUGGCGGCCAUGGAGGAGAAGGUGCAGGACGUUGUACGGGGCAUGAGGAAGCAGGAGUUGGAGGCGCGGGAGGAAUUGCAGCGGCAGAAAAUACGGCAAGAAGUGGAGGCAAAGCUUGCAAAGACGUUGACUGUAUAG